AUGCAAUACAUCGAAAAUAGUAUGCUCGUGUGUUGGUCAGAACAAUCGGCAGUCGGGAAUCUUGACGAGCGGGAUCGGGAAAUACCGCUUGUUGCUGCACAAAAUCGCGGACAGCAAAGUGCUGGAGGUCCAAUAUUAUCCCAGAGAACGUUAAGACAAAAUCCGAAUUCUCGCGGGGACAAUAUCCGUCUCAAUGAGUCUCUCAAUGCGAGCUGCAUCGGAGUGGACCGCGGUGAUUACUGUGCAUAUGUAGAUAUGUCCGCUGUUUCGCAUCUCUACCAACAGCUAUUUGUACAAGUAGGAAUGCUUUUGUGCUGA